UCUCACUUUCGUUCUCUUUGUCUUCGUACUUUUCAAACCAAUCGAUUGAAAAACUCUAUGUGUACGAAUAUCUUGCCCCUUUGGUCAUUUUAAUUGUGGGACUAUGACUGAAGAGUUUUUUUUAAGGUAAGGAAGAACACUGAACACGCCUCUCUAUCCAUGUUAGUUAUAAUUCCAUUCCAUAAUUUUCUAGUUCUCUUGAAUGAUGUGUGAUCUUGGAAGUGUUUUGAGAACUGGGUUUUGCUUAUCAUGGAUUAAAACGCAGAAAACUAUGUGGGUUUUGCUGAGUUUGUGUUGUUAUUGAGCUCAGCUCAUAAAAUGUUUGUUGAAAGGUCUCAGUGUUUGUCACAAAUUGGGUUCUGAUUUUUAAUAUUCUAGCAUAAUUUGAUUGUUCUAAUCGGGGUUGAGAAUUGAUAUCUGGGUCUUUUGGUCUUUAAUCUUUUGAAGAACAUUAAUAAUGGGAUUUCUUGGAUCUUUUAGAGCUGGUUUGGGGGAUUAUAAGAAUGAUUUCUUUCACCUUGAUCUUCAUCUUUGUUUUUCAUUCUUGGAGGAAUUGGAUUAUGAUUGUUGCAAUUUUGACAGUUUCUACAGAGUUAAAGUAGCUAGUUAUAAGUCUUUAUUGGGCUACUACUUGGUCUAAUUAACAUUAAACAAUUGGAGAAAAUUUGGAAAAACUAGUCAUUUAUCUUCUUUGAUUUCAAUGGAUGUAUUACAAGCUUUUGCUGCAGCAACACAAAUAGUUUCAAGCAUGGUAGGGGCUGUUAAUGCAUUGGAACAAGCCUCUAGAAAUCUUGAAGAAGCUCCGAAGAGGAUUCACAGCCUAGAGGAAUUUGUGUGUGAUCUUGAGAAUCUGACAAACCGAAUUGAGCAAAAACAUUUUUACAAGCUUCAUAAUCCCCAGCUGGACCGUCAGCUUCAAAGUUUGAAUGGUCUUAUUGAACGGCUUCGUCCAAACAUGAGAAAGGCAAGAAAGGUCGUGUCAAAGAGUAGAACUAAAAAGUUGGCGAUAGUUGUGUGGAGUUCUGUGACUGGCAGUCCACUUGAUAAGAUAGUAAACUCAAUUAGGGAUGACUUGAAUUGGUGGCUCGAAUCUCAAAAGUUGACUGAAGAUGUUGAGAAAGUAAUUGAAUCGACUGCAAGAAACAUCCCCAUUCGACCAAAAGUAAAGGCAGAGCAAGGUUACCCGAUUUCUAGUAAGUGCAAAUUUGUGAGAGGCUUACUAGAGCAAGAGACUACUCACCGUGUCAUUUUAAUUGUUGGGUUAUCAGGUAUUGGAAAGUCUUGUUUGGCUCGUCAAGUAGCUUCUGAUCCUCCGCUGAAGUUUGAUGGUGGAGCAGUUGAACUUGGAUUCGGGCAGUGGUGCAGCAGGGCUGCUUGUAGUGGUAACAAGGAUGAGUACCACAAGCGGUUGGCUAGAAGAAUAUGUAAGUUGCUCGUGCAGAUUGGAUUUUGGAAGAAGAUUAAAGACGAGAACAAUGAUGAUCUUGAAAUAAUUUGUUGCUUGCUUCAAGAAGCAUUGUAUGAGAAGAGCAUUUUAAUCCUUCUUGAUGAUGUGUGGGAACAAGACAUAGUUGAGCGAUUUGCAAAGCUGUAUGAUAAUGAUUGCAAAUACUUGGUAACUACGAGGAAUGAAUCUGUAUAUGAAAUAACAGAAGCGGAGAAGGUAGAGUUAAGCAAGGAUGACAUAAAGGAAAUAAGCAAAGCAGUUCUGCUCUAUCAUAGCCUCCUCAAAGAUGAUGAAAUACCGGAUGUGGCAGAUAAUUUGCUUGAACGUUGUGGUCACCACCCUCUUACAGUUGCUGUAAUGGGUAAGGCUCUCAGAAAAGAGAUCAGGGCAGAAAAAUGGGAAAAGGCUAUCUCCAACCUAUCCACCUACGCCAUGUGUGCGCCGGGUCCAGUUUCGUAUGUAAAUGAGAAAGAAGCCGAGAAUGCAGUGACCAUUUUUGGAUCAUUUGAGUUCAGUCUAAAUGCAAUGCCGGAAGAUUCUAGAAGGCUCUUUCUAGCUACCGCUGCUCUUUCAUGGGCUGAACCCGUGCCAGAAGCUUGCCUAGAGGCUGUUUGGUCAGCUCUUGGGCACGUGAACAUGUUUCCUCUCGUUGUUUGCAAACUUGUCGAAGGCUCGCUGCUAAAGAAAACUGAUUAUUACCACUUGUAUCAAGUACACGACAUGGUCUCUCUGUACCUUUAUGGAAAGAUAAAUGACUCGCUCAAAAUUCUACUGAUUGAUUUGACACCUGAAGGAACUGCUUUUAUCAGCCCUUGGCUUUUUAUAUUUGGGAAGGAAACAUCUCAGAAAGUCGCCGGGCAGAGGAUAGAGUUCUUCCUCGGUGUUUUAGAAGAAAAACAGGCAGUUAUCACCUUGGAAGCAAUUACGCAAGCCAUUAUGGAAAUCAUUUCCAUUUCUGAAUUUGAAGCGAGCAGAGCGAGUUUGAGCAGAAUAGUGGGACCCAAAAUUGCGAAUCUGAUCUCAACAGACUCACGAGAUCUGAUUGCAGCAUUGGCAAAAGCAAUCACAAUUAUAUUCAGUACGAGCGAUUACCGUGAUUAUUUUCCAUCCCUUGAGAAUAUCGGAGCGGUUGACAAGUUCGCGAGUAUAUUAGAUAACUGUCACGAUCCCAUGAUCCAAACUAACGUUUCGACUAUCCUUGCAAAGCUAGCAGAAUUCGGAAGCCCUGCCACAGUUGAUAAAGUGCUUCGGAGCAUUCCCAUGAACCGGCUGGCAGAUUUGCUCUCUCCCAAUGCCAAGGAGUGGCAUGACAGCAUCUUUACAACGUUGAUGUCACUGACCACUGUGGGAAAGUCAAAGGCUGUUGAGUAUAUGUUUUCAUUUGAGAUCGACAAGAGUCUAAUAAAACUUCUUGAGGUUGGAUCUGAGGUUGCACAACACAAUGCCAUAGCCACACUGAAGGCAAUUUACGAGCUUGGAAGCCCUCCUGCAAAUUGUUCUCUUCGACCCGGCACUCUCAACCUCUUGCCUUGGCAAGCAAGACUUAGUUUGGAAAAGUUUGUUUUGUCAGAUCGAAACAUUACCUUUGCACCGAAGCUAAAUAUAUUCGAAGAUCUCGUCCACAAGGUGCUUGGAAGUGAUAAGAAGAUGGUAUUGGAUGCCAUGCAAGAACUCAUACCUGUGAUUGAGAAAGCAGGAGACCCGGGAACCAGGGACAUGAUUUUACAAAGUCCUCUGGUCAAACGGUUAUCAGACCUCCUGCAACAUAGUAAUCCAAACAACUCCAUGAGAUCUCAAUCAGCUUUUUUGCUGAUGAAGUUAGCUUGUGUUGGUGGAGAGCCCUUUAUUAAAAAAUUCCUCCAGUACGAUAUUAUUGCUGAUCUGGUCAAGAUGAUGCAAUGCAGCAUCUCGGAAUUGCAGGAUUCAGCCUACACAGUGCUGCAUCAGAUGCUUUUCGGAGAUGGUGGAGACCUGAUUAUGAAGAGAAUCCUCCAAAUGGGUAUCAUAGAAAAAUUAGUUAAUUCAAUUGAGGGCAAAUCAGCAAAGACAAGGGAAGUAAAUGUGAAUUGUGUUUUGGAUAUUGUUGAGUUGGGAAACAAAGCGUGUUUGGAGCAGAUGUUUGCUUUGCAACUGGUGGAGAAGCUUGCUAGGGUUGAAAAGGCCAAUGGGGGCACUGGUGAAAGCGUGGUUGGAUUUCUUAAGAGUGUGGAUAAGUGUAAGCAUCUCUCAAUGGCUGAGCGUAGACUGAUGAAGCAGCAAGUGGUGAGAAAGGUGAGGGAGACGGUGAAAGGCAAAGCUCAAAUUAUAGCAGCUGUAGAUGUUUUCAUGUCUGAAGGAUCAAAAGCCGCUAGUAGUAGUGUUGAUAGUGGUAGAAAGUAGUAGCUUUCUCGAGUUCAGUGAAAGAGGGAAGCUUGUUUUCUUGGCUUGCUGCUCGGGACAUUUCCUUCUUUAUAUGUAACAUUAAAAAUUGUGUCAAAUGAAGAACCAAUAAAAUCAUUGCAAUUUCGAAACA